GUAAGCUGCCCUGAGUCCCCUCAGGGAAAAGGGCGGCCUAUAAAUGUUAAUAAACCCUUAAACCCCUCUAGUAUUUCCUUCUGUGCUUACUCCUUCAAAAUGAAGUUUUGAAAGAGUCCAGAUGCCUACAGAAAGGCUGCAACCCAAAUUAUUCAGGAAUCCGCAUUGUGUAUGAGUUUGCAAUUAAACUUGCAUAAAACCACUGUAAGAAGAAUCUGCCCCAUCCCUGUUUUUAUAUAUAUAACAGGAGUUGCAUUUGAUGGUGUUGAUCUCCGAGGUUACACAGUUUGGACUUUGAUGGACAAUUUUGAAUGGGCCGUGGGCUUCUCUGAAAAAUUUGGCCUGUAUUACACCAACUACACAGACCCCAAUCUAACUAGAAUACCAAAAGAAUCUUCAAAAUAUUACUCAUCUAUUAUCCGCUGUAACGGCUUUCCAGAUCCAGCUAAUGGACCUCAUUUGUGUCUGGAACCACAGCCUGAAGGUAUUACUAAACCACCAGUUACAAACACUGCUCUGCCACUCACAAGCUCAACAGCUGCUACUAGUAAUCUGCCACUUACAAGCCCAACAGGACUGGAAGAUAUCAAGAAAGUGCCAUUUUUGGGACUGGACUUGACUUCAUCUGAAGCUGAAAUAACUCUUUAUGUUCUAUUUGCCUUAUGCUUGCUGGCUAUACUAGGUCUCGCUGGUUCCCUCUGUGCAUACAAAAAAGCCAAAAAUAUGCGGAAAAAAUCAACAUUUUAGCAAUCAGAAAUGUUUUGCUUUCUCAUCUGAAGACUUUGAGCCAAACAUAUUUGAAGUUCUUUAUAUGCAUCUAUGAACUUUAAAAGUACAUAAUCAUAACGUGUAUCAAUUAAGGAUAUCAUUUUGGGGGUUUUUUGCACCCAAGAUAUACUUGCUUAAGAAUUAUACAAUUUUGGGACGUUGUUUUGCUGUGACUAUGAAGUUAAAACUACGAACACUCUGCAUAAAAGUAUUUAAGUGUGUUUCAGAAAAAGAGGGCCAUUUGUUCAGAGUUUCAUAACAAAUAAAUGGAAAUAGGUUCUUGUAUGCAAAUGUAAUAAAUAAUUUUACAGAAAAAUAGUUAAGAAUGACUUCCUUUGCCAGUUUUUGUAAUUACUUCUGAGAACCAAAUAAUUGUAAUAGGUACCAGUUGGAGACCUUUUGGCUUCAUUUACUGUGACAUUAAGGCAAUUUUCUCAAUUCCACAGAAAGCAUAGUUUCCAGUUAACACAUUCACAAUAUCAAUGUUUGCUAUCAUAAAGACACAGUAUUUUAGCGAGAUAGAUGGUUAGUGAACUUUCCUUACAUUUCGAUGUGAGAAAGGGGGAAGGGGCAGAAUUGUAUUGUUUUUCUGUGAAAUUUCUCCAUCCAAAAAAUAACCACCCUCAAUCCAUGAAUCAAUGAGUCUUUCGACUCCCCAAAAAUGCAUGUCUGGAGUAAUUGCAGUCAAUAGACUAUAUAAGAUGAUCAAUGGUGGAAUACGACCAGUACGGGUAAACUGGUACCUGCUGGGAGCACCAGGUACCGUUUCGGUACAGUGCUCCAGAGGGCCCACCCACCGUCCUUACCUGUAUUUGAGCCCAUCGGGGCUUUCAUGCAUGGUACGUACGGUGCCUGUGCAAUGCUCUGCAGAACAGCUGGAGCAUCGCAGAGCUGUCGCGGACGGUAAGUACCAGUUGCAACCGGUCAUACCGGUUGCAACCAAAUCCAGAACCCACCACUGAAGAUGAUAGUUUUAGGGCUAAUGGCUAGUAUUAAUCCAGUCUUUGUCUACGAUAGCUCUGCAUUUUCAGUGAAGGCCUAAAAAGCAUGCUUUUUAAAAUUAUUAUGGGUAGUUUGCCUGCUGCAGCCAGUUCUACAAACUGUUUCCAUAUCUUUUAUUUCAAUUGUUCUACUGCACUAUACUAUAUAUGUAACAAACAUGACUCUAAGGUAUGUUAGUACAAAUCAAUUUCUAGUGGAUCAUGUUGAGUCAAAUAAGAGGAAAUGAGGAUGGAUGUUGAUAUUGAUCCUGUACCCAAAAAGAAGGCAUAAGAGAAAAACAAGUCAUCUAUUUUCGUAUUUUAACAAAUAUUUUAUAUUUGUAAAAAGACUGUGAACUAGAUUGAACUGUGACUCUGAGUAACUGUGUUUUUUGUUUUUCUGUAGUACUCUACUUUUCCCUUUGAUUUUUAAAAGCUCUUGUUGAGGCAAGAAACAUUAAAAAUUAAUCUGACCACUCUUGUAUUGCUGUUGCUAUGACAAAUAGAUAGUUGAACCACACACGUGAUACAGUAUAAUUAAUGGUAAACACAGCAGCCAUGUUGAAUCACCAAGCCUAGCCCCCAAAUAGGAUCAAUCUCUUUUCCAAAUCCCCAUUUAUACAAGCCAGGAAAACAAGAAACUGUAAGAACCGAGUCUCUUUCUUAUGUAUGGGGAUCAUUCCAUAGCUCUCUUUAUAAAAAGUAUGACACUUCAAAAAACAAUCAUGUUAUGUACCAAGUGUUUGGGGGGAAAAAACUUUAUUGAAUGCCGUGAGAUAAAAACUAUGAAUAUUGGGCUGUUACAGAAGCAUUACAGGGGGGAAAAAAACCCUUAUCCAAUUUAUUAGGCUUACACUCUUCUAGGCCGAGUGACUUGUUUGGUAUUUGGAGAUGCUUAUUUGUUCAAAGAUUUAUAUAGAUAAAAAGUGUCUUUAGAGGUCUGUAUAAGUAGUAAAUAUGAAAUUCUAAAUGCUGAUGAGACAUGGAGGAUUUUUAUAUUGUUUUUGGCAGUAGUUACAUUUGCAGAAUCUAGCUGCACAAGUGGGUUAGCAUUUAUUCCAGGCAGAAUACCCAUCCAAGCCCACUAUGCAGCAGAAUGUUUUAACUGAAGCUAAAUCAAAUA